GGUGGGGAAGAGAGUUGUUGCCUGCCGAGUGGGUUUGAGUUCCUCCUUGGUAAAUAAUGGGGAAAGAUAAAUAAAGCAGAAAAUACUUUUUUUUCUCGCCCAAGUAUCCAGGCAGAUAUCUCCUGCUGCACUAGCUCUUCUCCCAUCUCGUUCGCCCUUCCUCCUCGACCACCUCACGCGCGCCGCUCCAGCCCAAAAAAAGGAAGCAAAGAUGGUUCAAAAGCUCUACGUGACCUACAAUGAUGUGCACAAGCUGUGCCAGGAGUCCGCGCCGCGGAUCCUGUCCGACUUCAACCCACAGCUCAUGAUCGCCAUCGGCGGCGGCGGCUACGUGCCCGCGCGGAUCCUGCGCUCCUUCCUCAAGACGCCCGGCAGCUCCAACAUCCCGAUCCAGGCCAUCGGCCUGUCGCUGUACGAGAAGCUGGCCUCGGACCGCGUCGAGGAGGCCCCGGGGACAAAGGUCACGCGCACCCAAUGGCUCGACCUGUCGGCCCUGGGCGAGAUGAGCAACCUGCUCGGCAAGCGCAUCCUUAUCGUCGACGAGGUCGAUGACACCCGCACCACGCUCGAGUACGCCGUGAAGGAGCUCGAGAAGGACGUCGAGGCCGCCGCCAUCAAGGCUGGGUACGCGGGCGAGAAGACGCAGUUUAGCAUCUUUGUUCUUCACAACAAGGACAAGGGAAAGAAGGGCACGCUGCCCCAAGAUAUGCUGGACCAGAACAGGUAUUUUGCCGCCAGGACCGUCGAGGACCUCUGGAUCUGCUACCCGUGGGAGGCCACAGACAUCGACGAGCACGACAAGCUUGCCAGCGAGCAACCGAAGCAAUAAGCGGAAAGACGUCACGUCAACCCCACCCAGAGGUCACUGCUUCUCCAUGGAGCUGCCGAUAACAGGGCCUUGGUUCCGAUUCUGUUGGACUCUGCGGGGCAAAGCACCGUCGUUCCAAGGUGCGGAGCUUCGGGCACACGAGUCUGUGCUCUAAGAUCAUCUAUAAGACGACGGAGGAUAUAUAGGUUGGGCUCCCAAGGGCGAGUCUUCCCUCGGCUUGCAAAUAGUCCUCGUAUCUGGACAAUGUUCAGUUGAGGGUGCAAGUGGUCCAACGGUCCUGGCAUGUCUAUAUGCUACCCAAAGGACCAAGCUCGAAAUCCGACAACUGGUUCGGGGUUGGAUGGCUGCAUACGGUGCAAUUCCCACUAUGAAUAUAGAAACGAUGAUUUACGACAAAACAAUACAAAUCGUGUAAUACUCCA